AGUUAACAAUGCCAGCUAAUGAGGGCACUUUCUGUGAAGAUUCAGAGCACCAGAGCUUUGAAGAUCUCAAAGAACUGGCAGUCUCUAAUAAUAAUUACUUUACAAAUAAAAUCACCACUGAUGACUUAAAAUUAAAUAAAAAUAAAUCAAACGAUAUGGAAAAUUCAAAUAUUUGUGCAGAUGAUUUCUCUUCUUCCUCUUCUUCUUCAACUUAUCAGAGCGCACCAUCAAAAAUAUCUCACGAAAAUUUUUUACGAGAUUCUUUUGAAGUAAUUUUACAACAUGCAGUAUUUGAUGGCACGUCACGCAAGACCAAAGUCGUAGAGUGGGUGGAUCCAGAAAGUUUGCCUUCAUUGAUAAAUCUUCAGUUAAAAAAACAAGGUACAUCACAUGAAGAAUUGAUAAAUUUAAUUAAAGGUGUAAUUAAAUAUAGUGUUAAAACUGGUAAUCCACGAUUUGUCAAUCAAUUAUUUUCAAGCAUUGAUCCAUAUGGAUUAGUAGGACAAUGGUUGACAGACGCAUUAAAUCCAUCAGUGUAUACUUAUGAAGUAUCACCGGUAUUUUCAUUGAUGGAAAGUAAAGUAUUGUGUGAAAUGAGAAAAAUAAUUGGAUGGAAAGACGGCCAAGGUGAUGGUAUUUUUUGUCCCGGUGGUUCAAUGGCUAAUGGAUAUGCAAUAAAUCUAGCUCGGUACCAUAAAUUUCCACAAUUGAAAGAAACAGGACUGUCAGGAUUACCACGACUUGUUGUAUUUACUUCAGAGGAUGCUCAUUACUCGAUUAAAAAAUUGUCUGCCUUUUUAGGAAUUGGUACCAGUAACGUUUACUGCGUUAAAGUUGAUAAUAUGGGUAAAAUGGACGUUGAUAAUCUUGAAGAAGAAAUUUGUCGUGCUCUUGAUGAAAAUGCAAUACCAUUGAUGGUAUCUGCAACUGCUGGAACGACUGUUCUAGGUGUCUAUGAUCCUCUUCGGCGCAUUCAUGAAAUAUGUACUAAGUAUAAAAUGUGGUUACACGUUGAUGCUGCGUGGGGUGGUGGUGCUUUAAUGUCAUCGAAGCAUCGACGAUAUCUUGACGGUGUUGAUCUUGCUGAUUCAGUAACUUGGAAUCCUCAUAAAUUAUUAGCAGCGCCUCAGCAGUGCUCAACACUAUUGGUACGGCAUGAAAAUCUUCUCCAAUCAGCUCACAGCUCUAAUGCUACUUAUCUAUUCCAAAAAGAUAAAUUUUACGAUACGUCUUUUGACUCUGGUGAUAAACACAUACAGUGUGGAAGAAGAGCUGAUGUAUUGAAGUUUUGGUUCAUGUGGAAAGCUAAGGGUACGGCAGGUUUUGAAAUGCACGUUGAUCGUGUAUUUCAACUGUCAAGAUAUUUCGCUGAUUUAAUUCGCGACAGAGAUGGUUGGACAUUACUUCAGGAACCAGAGUGUACCAAUGUUUGCUUUUGGUAUCUGCCUAAAUCAAAAAGACACUUGAAAAAUGAAGAGCUUUCUCAGGUAUUACAUAAAAUAGCACCUAUCAUCAAAGAAAGAAUGGUCAAAAAAGGAUCAAUGCUGGUCACGUAUCAACCAAUACAUGGUAGACCUAAUUUUUUCAGACUUGUAUUACAGAGCUCAGGGUUAACUGAAAAUGAUAUGAGAUUUUUUGUUAAUGAAUUUGAAGUACUAGCGGAAGAUUUGUAA